AAAAAACAGAGUGGGUUUAUAAACCCUAGGCUUCACUUCCCACACUUUCCACUCUCAGAUUAUCAUCACCAUCAUCAAUCCUUUUGGUCUUUGUUGCAAUUUGUGAAAUUUCGGCUUCAUCUCUUUCUCCUUCUCUAUCAGAAGUUUGAAGGAUGGCUUUGGCAGCACCGGGCCAACUCAAUGUGAAUGAAUACCCUUCGUGGGGAUCAAGAAGCGUUGAUUGCUUCGAGAAGUUGGAGCAAAUUGGCGAGGGCACAUAUGGUCAGGUUUACAUGGCUAGAGAGAUCAAAACUGGUGAAAUUGUUGCUCUGAAGAAAAUACGAAUGGACAAUGAGAGAGAAGGGUUUCCUAUAACUGCUAUACGUGAAAUCAAAAUUCUAAAGAAACUACACCAUGAAAAUGUGAUCAAGUUGAAAGAAAUUGUGACUUCUCCAGGCCCCGAGAAGGAUGAACAAGGGAGGUCAGAUGGUAGCAAAUAUAAAGGUGGCAUCUAUAUGGUCUUUGAAUACAUGGACCAUGAUUUAACUGGUCUUGCUGACCGACCUGGGAUGAGAUUUACAGUUCCCCAAAUUAAGUGUUACAUGAAACAGCUUUUGACGGGGCUUUACUAUUGUCAUGUAAAUCAUGUACUUCAUCGUGAUAUCAAAGGAUCAAACCUUCUUAUAGAUAAUGAAGGCAAUCUGAAGCUUGCUGAUUUUGGACUGGCACGAUCAUUUUCUACUGAGCACAAUGCAAAUCUUACAAAUCGUGUCAUCACAUUAUGGUACAGACCCCCUGAGUUGCUGCUAGGGACAACAAAGUAUGGGCCUGCAGUAGAUAUGUGGUCUGUUGGGUGCAUUUUUGCCGAGCUUCUUCAUGGGAAGCCUAUCUUUCCUGGAAAAGAUGAGCCAGAACAAAUAAAUAAGAUUUUUGAGAUGUGUGGAGCACCAGAUGAGGUGAAUUGGCCUGGUGUUUCUAAGAUUCCUUGGUAUAAUCAAUUUAAGCCAACAAGACCAAUGAAAAGACGUCUGAGGGAAGCUUUCAGACAUUUUGAUCGUCAUGCUCUGGAAUUGUUGGAGAAAAUGCUGACACUUGAUCCUGCUCAGAGAAUUACUGCCAAGGAUGCACUUGAUGCCGAGUAUUUCUGGACUGAUCCAUUACCAUGUGAUCCCAAGAGUUUACCCAAGUAUGAGUCAUCACAUGAGUUCCAGACUAAGAAAAAGCGCCAGCAGCAACGGCAAAAUGAAGAAAAUGCCAAGCGUCUUAAAAUGCAGCAUCCACAGCAGCAUACUCGUCUUCCCCCCAUUCAGCUGGCUGGUCAACAGCAUACCCAGAUGCGGCAAGGUCCUAACCACCCAAUUCAUGGCUCUCAACCAGCAGUUGCAGCAGGAACUAGCCAUCAUUAUGGAAAGCCUCGAGGUCCCUCUGGUGGGCCAGGAAGAUAUGCUCCCGGUGGGAACCCUGGCGGUGGCGGGGGAUACAAUCACCUAAAUCGGGGAGGUCAAGGAGGAGGGGGUGGUGGUGGUUACGGAAGUGGGCCAUAUCCUCCUCAAGGGAGGGGUGCACCUUAUGGGUCUAGUGGUGGUGGUCCUCGUGGUAGUGGUGGUGGUAGCGGUGGAGGCUAUGGAGUUGGAGCUCAAAAUUAUCCCCAAGGUGGUCCAUACGGUGGAUCAGCUGCGGGUCGUGGCUCAAACAUGAUGGGUGGAAACCGCAACCAACAGUAUGGUUGGCAGCAGUAAACCCAAAUGUAAUGUAUAAAAAAAAAAUUUGGAAUGUGAAAAAAAACAUUUCUACUAAGUGUAAAUAGUAAUUUUAGAUUAUGCAGGAAAGGGAUAUAUGGGGUGUUAUAGAAAUUUUUUUUCAAGAUAUGGAGGACCUUUUCUAGUAAUGAUUUAAUGUAGUAAUAGACCACGGUGAUCUAUUUAGCUUGAACUUUGGAAACAAGACAAUCAUUUUGC